AUGUUCUCCCACAAACCCCCUCCUCCCCCUCGCCGCGCUCGUCUCGCUUACGAUCCCUUCCGAGCCCCUGAGGACACUCCCCUCCCUCCCAGUCCGCCUCCGCCCGCCUCCGCGCACGUCCUCGGUCACCUCAUCAGCUACAUUACGGUCUUCCAGAACGCUCAUCCCGACUGGGAAAGCGCGGGCGAGCUCUGGAUUCAUACUAGCGCGGAGGCGUUGAUGGAAGACUAUGGAGCGGAAGGGGAGGGGAAAAAGAGGAACUUUGGUCGGCCCCUUCCGCUCUUCCUCGAGUCUACGCGCAGGAAUGACAAUCUCGAGUUUGCUGGCUGGUACCAACUUGAUAAGCUCAGAGUGGUACCUGCCGAGUCUGACGAGCUGAGGGAGCUACUCCAUCGCAAGGAAGCAGCUCAAAGCUACAAAGGCGGCCGUCCCGCUCAUCUCUGGGCCGAAUCGUUCGCCCAGCAAUGGAUCAAGCUUCGACUCACUCGCUCCCCGCCCUUGUCAGACCACUAUGCUCGGCUCGAAGACCCCAUGAAGCUGCGCGGGGGACCUCAAGGGGAGGUGCAGCGGUACCUUCUCACGAUUGGCGGGUUGGAGGAGGAGAUGACAAUUCUGGAGGGAGAGACAGUCACAGAGCUGGCGGUUUGA